AUGCACAGGCCAAGCAUCAAACAGCAAUCCGCCACGGAUCCAGAGCCAGGCCCAUCGCGCAAGCGCAAGGUCCAGUGGGCUGACGACGACGAUCGCGAUGAUGUACGGCCACCUGCGCUUCAAGAUGAGGCGCAAGGCGACUUCGCCGAAACCCGCGUCGAUGAGAAUGGCAUGCCCAUCAUCGCUUCCACAACCGACACCGAGCAUGUCGAUGCCGCAGACCCUCAGACUCACAAGCUCGAGCUAGGCUCCGAAAUCUACAACCCCAUCGAGUAUGGAGACUUCCGCUCCUACAUGAAGCACAAGCGUGCCAAGCUCAAGGUUCAGGAAGCCGCACUCCUCCAAGAGGAAGAAGCUCUUCUCCGCGUACAAGCCAACGCAAGCGAAAGCACAGCAAAGCAGAGCUCCUUGGCAGCCAAGAUCGAAGCUGAAGGUGGACAACGCUCCAACGCCCUCAAAGGCUGCUGCAUCUACAUCAACGGCCAGACGCAUCCUCCUUACAGCGAACUGCGCCGCCUCCUCGUCCUGCACGGCGGCGACCUAAUGGCAUACCUCGAUCAAAAGUCGCCCGUCACACACAUUGUCGCCUCCAAUCUUACGCCGAAGAAGCGCAUCGAGUUCAAGGACUACAAGGUGGUGCUGCCCGGCUGGAUCCUCGAAAGUAUCGAGCUCGGCAGAAAGGCGGAUUGGCGCAAGUGGCGCUGCGACGCGAUCACCGGCUCCAACAGCCACACUUCGCACAGCAUGGUCGCAAAAUCAGCGCAACAGCAGCAUGGAGGAAAUGCGCGUGUGUCGGACUGGAGGAACCUGGACCGCACUGCCAAGCUGCCAAAGCCGCUGCCUCGCAUCGGAGACGAAGAUCAGGAUACGCCCUGGGGCAAGCCUACCAACCAGACGACGCUCCUUGAUCGGUUCACGCGCACAGACAACCAGCCAUCGAUAGCUCUCUCAAGACCGCAGCAAAACGACGUCGUCGCUGAUGUGACAGAGUCAGCUGACGCAAGUACGGCCAGCAAAGGCAAAGGCGUUCGCUUUGGUGAGAAUCACCUCAUCGAGCCCGUGGUCCCACUGCCCGAAGAGAAAGCACAGCCUGCCAGGCCCGAGCCUGUCACUCCGACCAAGCCCAAAGACGACACAAUACCCGCCAGUGUGGGCACCGACCCGGCCUCCAAGAAAGCAGCGCUUGCCGUCACCAAGAGCCACUACGCCUCACGCCCUUCCAACACGCAUGCCGCACGUCUGCUCGCCAGUCCCAGCUGGCGCGAACGCAACACGGCCACCAGCGAAGGCUUCCUCGCCGGCUACUUUGCCAAGUCACGUCUGCACCACCUCAGCACCUGGAAGACGAGCUUGCAGGACAUGGUCAGUUCAGCCCUCCGCGAGGCCGGCCGGCCGCUCGCAAGUGCAGACCUUCCCAAAGGCGUGCAGCGCGUCAUCAUGCACAUUGACUUUGACAGCUUCUUCGUAGCCGUCGGCCUCAGGAAGCGCCCUGAUCUGCACGACAAGCCGGUCGUCGUCUGCCACGGCACAGGCGUCGGGAUGCCGGCUCAGAAGCCAGGCGACGAGAACAGGCCGGCGGACAACCAGUCAUCCAGCACAUCCGAGAUCGCUUCCUGCAGCUACAAGGCGCGCGAGUUCGGCAUCCGCAACGGUAUGAGCCUCGGCCAGGCCAAGCGACUCUGUCCGCACGUCGAGACGAUUCCGUACGACUUUGAGGCGUACAACAACAUCAGCCUCUCGUUUUAUGCGUUUCUGCUCGAGCACUCGGACGCGCUUCAGGCAGUCUCGGUGGACGAGGCACUCGUGGACGUGAGCUUGCUCUUACAAGGCAUGCGCGAUGGCGACGCGGCACCAGGCUCACUGUACGACCGCUACCGCGAUCACCUCGGCUCGCAAGGCGACGCAUGGAGCGCCGAGAAGCAGCUCGCCGAGGCAUUCCGCGACGAGAUCCGCGAUCGCUGCGGCUGCGAAGCAAGCAUCGGGAUCGGAUCCAACAUCCUUUUGGCGCGUCUGGCCACCCGCCGAGCCAAACCUGGCGGCUCGUUCCAUCUCACCGACGACUCGAAGCAGCCGUUCCUCGACGCGCUCGACGUCGACGACCUACACGGCAUCGGCUGGAGCCUGCGCGAGAGAGUGCGCGAGAUGUUUGAGACCAUCAACGUCGGUCAGAUCCUGGCAAAGACCACCGAGCGCAAGCUCACCACGGAAUUCGGGCCCAAGAAGGGCAAGAUGAUCUGGGACAAGAUGCACGGCAUCGACGCCGAUCGACUCGAGGGCAACAAGCUGCGUCAAUCGGUCGGCUCGCACGUCAACUACGGCAUCCGCUUCCUCACCGAGCAAGAGGCCGAGACCUUUGUCACGGGCAUGUGCCAGGAGGUCGCCCAGCGCACGCGUGCAGUCAAGUUGAAGGGAAGGCAGGUCUCGGUGCAGGUCAUGGUGCGCGCCAAAGAUGCGCCCGUAGAAGCACCAAAGUUUCUCGGCCACGGCGUGUGCGACACGCACCAUAGGAGCGUCCAGGUCAGCGGGCCUGGUGGAGUGGCGAUCGACGACGAAGAGCGCAUCCGCGCUGCGGCCUGGCCUUUGAUCCGCGAUUUGAGGGCGGACCCCAAGGAGCUGCGCGGCAUCGCGAUCAGCUUGAAUAAGCUCGAGCCUGCGGAGGGGAACGCACUUUCGCCUGCCAAGCCUAAAGGCGGACAGGCCGUGCUCAACUUCAAUAAUGCCAGCUCGUCUUCGAAGGCAGCGCCGAAGCAGCCAGUGGUCGGCAGAGAGACCGUCUUGAAUCUGCACAAGGCCAGCGAAACGGACCAAGACGACGACGCAGAUGGAGAAGCGUGUGGGCAGAUCGACGAGCCUGGUCUCGAGCUGCCCGAGUUCCUGGAGAAAGGCCCGACCGCGGGCACACCGCGGCCACCCACCGCAGCAUCGGCACCCCAGGGGAGUGUCGAGCGCACUCCUGCAGCUCUGCCUCUGUCGACGCAGCUCAUGCUGCCGUCACGAUCUCAGAUCGAUUCCGACGUCUUUGACGCCUUGCCCACUCCGUACCGGCGGCAGAUCCAGGCCAAGUUCGGAGAAGAUUCGAUUUCCGAGCCUGGCUCACAGACGCGGGCGCGAAUCUUGCCGCGGUCGACGCCGACUACACCUCAAAAAGCCAAAGCGGCGCCGUCGGCUGCGAUGGCGGAAGCGCUCAUGCUGCCGUCUGCCUCACAGAUCGACCCGGCCGUUCUCGCCGAGCUGCCGGCCUCGGUGCGCAAAGAGAUUGAGCGUCAAGUCGGGCUUGUCCCUGACGACUCUGCAGGCUCGUCGUCCGUCGAGAGCACGCCGACACGCCGAAAGAACGCGACCACCGCCACGCUCACGCGCUUUCUGAAGCAGGAUCCCAAGCAGGCGCUGUUCCGAUCGGCGUCCGAGUCGCCCACGAAGAAGCGGGUUGUGAAUCGGCUGCUGCAUACGGCGGGGCAGUAUGCGCCCAAGGACCAGCGCGCGGUGGAUAGGGAAGAGGUGCUUGCGAUGGACCCGAGCAAGAUCGCGACCGAGACGCUACAGGGGCUGGGGAUCGACGCCGAGGUCUUUCGUGCGCUGCCGGUGGAGCUGCAGCGAGAGACGUUCCGCCACCACUCGGAACAGCGAAAGUCGGAACAGGCACGAUUCAAGGCGGGCAAGACGGGCACUUUCGAGGAGCUGACGCAUGCCGAGCAGCGCCGACGCGACACGCUGCGUGCGGCGCACAGCGAUCCUACUGCACCGCCUGCGUACUUGGUGGCGCGUCCGCGAUGGCGUAUCCCCCGUGCGGAAGCGAGGAUUCUUGAUAGUGCAGUCCCGAGCGCGGUGGAGACGCCGUCGAUCCGGGGACUGACCCGGUACGAGGAUGUAGAGCAGCUGAUCCGACAAUGGGUCGGGGCGUUUGCGUCCAAGGGACCCCGAAAGGGCGACGUGGACAGGAUCGCGACGUACCUUGCAGACACGCUGCGUGUGGCCGCACAAACGAGGGUCGAGGAGGCACACAAGACCGACGCCAUUGUGCGCUUGAUCGACGAGACGAUCCGUCGAGAGGAGGACAGGGGCAGGCGACUCGCACGCGAUGCGUGGGCAGACGCGGUGCAGCGAAUCCGCAACGCAGUUCAGACGCAGGCUCACAGCUCUUUCCACGGUGCGCAACUGUAG